AUGGCCCUCCCACCCACGCAAGAUGCCCUCAUACCCACACAAGAAUCCCUCACACCCGCCCAAGAAUCCCUCAAAAACCGCUUCACGACCCUCCUCGGCGCCCCAUCCUUCGACGCACAAUGGUCGCGCCUCCUCACGCACUCCCCCGCCAUGUUCGCCGCCUCCCUCCGCCUCACCUCCAUCCCCCAUCAAAAAUCCCACCUCCCCCCCAAGAUCCAAUCCCUAAUCGCCCUCGCCGUCUCAGCAUCCUCAACACACCUCCACGCCCCCUCAAUCCACCGCUCCAUGCGUGCCGCCCUCUCGCACGGCGCCUCCAAACCCGAGAUCCUCGAAGUCCUGUGCUUAACCUCCACGCUCGGGAUUCACGCGUGCAACAUCGGCGUGCCGUUACUCUUCGAAGUGAUGCGGGAGGAGGGACGGGACAUGGGGAGCGGGAUGGAGGGCAUGAGUGAAGAGCAGUGGGGGUUGAGGCGAGAGUUUGAGGCGAAGAGGGGGUAUUGGCAUGCGUUUUGGGAGGAUUUCCUGAGGUUGAGCCCGGAGUUUUUCGGGGCGUAUGUCGAGUUUAGUGGUGUGCCGUGGGGGGAGGAGGGGGUGUUGGAGCCGAAGGUGAAAGAGUUGGUGUAUUGUGCUUUCGAUGCCGCGGCGACGCAUCUGUACCAGCCGGGACUGAAGCUGCACAUGAAGAAUGUGCUUGGGUAUGGGGGUACGCCUGAAGAGAUCAUGGAGGUUCUGGAGAUCGCGUCGUUGCUGUCUGUAAGUACGAUGGACGUUGCGCUGCCUAUUUUGGAACAGGAGCUGGAGGACGCGGGAAUGUCGUGA